AUGGAGAAGGGUUCCCUCAAAAGCAAAAAUGAAAAAGGAUACAGCCUCAAGGGCAAGGCGUCUGUCCACAGCUUGAACAAAGUGAAGCAGACCAAACUCACCGUGGGCAGCCUGGGAUUGGGCCUGAUCAUCAUCCAGAAUGGGCCUUACCUCCAGAUUAGUCACCUCAUCAAUAAAGGGGCUGCAGCCAGUGAUGGCAUACUCCAGCCAGGUGAUGUUCUGAUUAGUGUUGGACAUGCUAACGUGUUAGGAUAUACCCUCCGUGAAUUUUUAAAGCUUUUGCAAAAUAUCACCAUAGGAACAGUGCUACAAAUCAAGGCUUACCGAGACUUUAUUGACAUCCCCCAGGAAUGGCAAGAUGUGUAUGACUUAAUCCCCGAGACCAAAUUUCCAGUCCCACACUCACCAAAGACAACGGAGCAGGCAAAGGAUGGGUCUUUUGUAAGCAGAGAUGACCAAGAAGAUGUAGUUCUAGAUAAAAGACUCAAGUAUUACAGAUAUCCUCGAUCAGUUUGGAAUCACCCCGUAAGGACACCGAUAUCAAUCUCCACAGAAUGGCAUGGAUAUAAAAAGAAGGACCACACUAUUAGUGUUGGGAAAGGUGUUAACCAUGAUGUUGUAAUUCACAAAGAUGACAAGAAAGACCUGAGGGCCCCUUCUCCAUACUGGACAAUGGUGGAGCAUGAUAAUGCCAUUUCCUCCUCCUCCUCUGGCGCUUCCUCUAACUCAGAUGCCUUUUGGCUGGAGGACUAUGCACAGGUGGAGCAGGGUGAAGGUCAGCAGGUAUCAAAGUUUGGUUAGGUACUAGCUUGCAAAUCUGUGGCCACAGAAAUUUUUAUUUUUAAAUAUCCAAUUUUUGUGCCUUACCAUGUAUAGGUUUGUAGAAUUCCUACAGCACUUAGCAGCUCUUCGAGGACUACAAAAAAGCCUUCAUAGACCUCCAGUUAAUAGCUCAGGACCUCCUUCCCUGUGGUCUAACAGGUUCCACAGAUCUGUUCUCAGAAUCACAUCAUUCACUCAGCUUUUAGAAUAUCAAGUAGAGGAACCCAAUCAUCAUGGCUGACCAUUUGUUUUCUAAGGUAAAGUUUUCUUUGUGUUUUGGGCUGGUUGUUUACAUUACAACCGUGCCCCCACCCUUUCAGUGAUACUUUUACUUGGAAUGUCAGGCUGAGAAUUAUUUAAAGGAGACAGAAAUAAUUCUGCCGCAGAGAAAACUCUGCCGCAGAGAAGCAAAUUCAGACACAAAUGAAGGAUGGUCCUUAGAAACAUAUCUAAUAAAGGGGGCAAAACCCAGACCCUUCACUUGUUGUUAUCCCCAAAUGAGCAAUUUUAAACUUGUUUUUAAUUUAAAAAGCCACCAAUAAUAAUCUGGAACUUUUACUUUCAGAGCUGCCUCAAUUUUAACAGUUUGUG